ACAUAUAUCUCAUGUCGUCAUGUCUUUCAUCUCUCUUUUCUCAACCUCUCAACGAUAUGUCAUUAAACUGACAGCACGUAGCUAAAAUUCCGAAGCACGUGUAGUUCUUCAUACACAUCGUUCAUCCAGUUAUAUUUAUUUUUAUAUUUUAUAUGUUUGUAAAUUUGUAAUUGUUAAAUCGGUUUUACGACAUGGAAAAUGUUAAUUUUGUACCUUGUGUUUGCUUUGUUAAACGAGGCGUUGCUAAAUCAAACCCCGACAAAGUGCAGCUUUCUAAAGAAGAAUUGGCAGAAAUAAUUAAUAAAGCAAAACAGGAAAUAAACGACCAUGAAAGCGAUAGUGAACAUUCUGGUGAUGAGAUGGUAACAGAUGAUAAUAAAGUAGCAAAUGAUGACGAUACUGCGAUGCUAGAUGAUGAAUAUAAAUUAAAUGAAUAUGAUAAAGAUGAAGAAUUGCCAAGUUCAGUUUUGGGAAUCGGUAGCAUUGCUCUUAUAGGAGAUGAGGAAACAGAAUCAUAUUUUAGCAGAAGAGAUCGUGAUGGGGAUCAUGAGAUUCUGGUAGUUUUAUUAUAG